GUGCAGGAAGCUGCGUCUGUCUACGUGCCUUUCACCUCGUACUGCCCCUCAUCCUGACUACAUCAGGCCGGCUCACAGGAUGCUGCGCUGAGAGGCAUCACACACUUCUCUGCAACAACAGGUGUUUGAAGAAAAAAAGAUUUAAAAAUGAGUGGAUUCUUCCAAAUGUUGAGAAAGAAAAAGGAGCUGAUCCCUCUGAUUGGGUUCAUGGCGUUUGCUGCAGUAGGAGCCACCUCGGCUGCGCUCUACUUUCUCUUCACUAAGAAUGAUGUCAUUUUGAAUAAGACCAAUAACCCAGAGCCAUGGGAGAGAGUGGACCCAUCAAAACCCCAGAAGUUCAUCACCAUCAAUCAGAAGUGGAGGCCGGUGGAGGAGCUGGAGCUGGUGAAGAAACUCACCAAGUAAAAGAAAAGGCAGACGUCUGCCAGGAAGAUCCACCAGUCCGCCGAGCUGCCGACAAGCCGACAUGCCCCCUCCCAUCAGUCGAACAGAAUCCUUUCUGCACAAACUAGGAUGCUUUGUCACUCAGUGUGCGGAAACGCUUCUGCUCCACUGGUGGGGGUUCACCCCUGCUAAGCCCAAGGACGCCCAUCCACACCCAUCCACAGCAGCAGGAAACGAUGGGAACAGAUAUACUCAUACUGUCAUUAAGUCAAAGUGGAAUAAAGACACCAUCUCACUGUGGGCUUCUGUGUUUUUUUCACAACUAGACGAUUAAUAUUGAAGAAGCUGCGUUUCAUUGGUCGUCCGGUUGAUGAAUCACACAGAAGCCACAGAUGUUAGAGUAGAUGUGAAAUGUAUGAUGGUGUGUUAAUGUGACGAUGCAACGAGGUAAAGUGAGUAAAUAAUGUUCUGUACAGUGUCAUUAAAUUAUUGUCAACACACAA